UUAUUACAUACGCUCAUCUUUUUCUUUGUUCCUGCAGUUGCAAGGAAGAAGCUCACUUUUCCUAAAAGACAAAGUCCUCGCGUUCUAAACUUAUAAACAGCCUCCAUUCGCAUUCUCGUAUAUCUCUUUCCUUUUGUCUUGAUUAAUUAGUCAUCAACUAUUUUGAUCUGAUCCUCUUCAUCUCUCCUCAUUUCAGAGGUAUUUUCUUCCUUUCUUUCUUCUUAGUACCUCCUUUUCCUGUCUCGAAAGCUUGGCUCGAAAAAUUUUAGUGCCAGACUUCAACCUGCAUUUUCUUUUUCUUAAUGAAAUUAAGAGGUUUUGUGAAAAAUGAAGAUUCUGUAGGUUGUUGUCCAGUUCCCCAAUGAGCUGCAGGCAUAAAGUUCUGGUUUGUGUAGAUCUUAGUAGAGGAAGUUCAUCGAUGACAUAGAAUGAUGGUUUCAGAUUGCAAUGACGUGGUAGUAGAAACCCUUGUUGAAAUUGAACUCAAUGUUGAUAGUAGUUCCUCCAAGUCUCAGAGAGAUUGCAAUGCAAAGCUUCUUGAUUCCUACAAGGCAUCUAUUUCAAGAGCUUUUUCCAUUUUUCGAAAAAGAGCGGAUGAGAGAGAGGAGACUUCUGCCUUGGUUCCUUCUCGUAUCAGUAUCACGCAACAUUUUCAGUCUCGCUUCGAUGUUGUGAGCUUAUUCAAGGAAUGGAUCAAGCAUCCAAUGAAUAUUGCUCUUCUUGUGUGGUUUCUUUGCGUCGCAAUCGCCGCCAUAAUGCUGGCUCUCCUCUUCCUCGGUCUCUUAGACAAACCACUCCCAACAAAAACCUCAAGAAAUCGCUGGAUCGAAAUAGACAACCAAAUUCUCAACGCUCUCUUCACUCUUAUGAGCUUAUACCAACAUCCAAAUCUCUUCCAUCACCUUGUUCUUCUAUGUCGGUGGAGAUCUCGAGACAUCGUAGAACUAAGAAAAAUUUACUGCAAAGACGGUGCUCACAGAAAUCACGAGCGGGCCCACAUGUUGCUCGUAGUUCUCCUCCUCCACAUCGCUUGCUUCUCUCAGUACGUUAUCUGUGUCCUUUACUGGGAAUAUCCGAGCACAAUAAGACCCGAAUUUAUUGAAAACUUAUGCAUUGCUCUUGGAACUAUAUCUCCAGUAAUCGCUGGUUUAUACACAAUUUACAGUCCUCUUGGAAAAGAAUGCAGUUCAGAUACAGAAGAAGAAAUGCAUGGUGUUAACAUAUCGAACAAUGCUAGAACCGUUGUCAAUCCUGAAUGGAACGGAGGACUGUUUGAUUGCAGCGAAGACAAGAGUACAGGAAUUCUUUCAUUCUUCUGCACUUUUUGCGUAUUUGGUUGGAAUAUGGAAAGGCUUGGAUUUGGGAAUAUGUACGUGCACAUGGUGACUUUCUAUCUCCUAUGUUUUGCUCCCUUGUGGAUUUUUAGCAUAUCGGCGAUGAAAAUUAGCAAUGAGGUUAUCAGAGACGUGGUGGGGCUUUCUGGAAUUGUUCUCGGUGUGUUUGGUAUGAUGUAUGGGGGGUUUUGGAGGAUCAGGAUGAGAGAAAAAUUUGGACUUCCAGGAAAUGGUUUGUGUUGUGGCUCUGAUUCGAUGGCGGAUUACGUUCAGUGGGUUUUUUGUUGGGCGUGUUCUUUGGCCCAGGAGGUGCGAACUGUAAAUUUUUACGAGGUUGAGGAUGAUCGCGAACGGGAAGAUGCUCAACUUAUUGGCGAAGGGGAAGUCGAUUCAAGUGCCAUUACGACGCCGCCUACUCGAAAUUACAUGCGAUCAGAAAGUACAGGUACUUACGGAAACAUGGUUACAUCUCCACCAUUUUUGGAAACAGAAAUUGAUGUAUCAGAUUUAAAUCAACCUGCAGAAACCAAAAAGUCCGUAGAGCUUGUGUAAUAAUUAAGGAUGUUACACAUAUUGUUAUUCUUUUAUUUUGUGCAGAA